UUCAAAACAACAUAAAACAAAAAAUAAUAUAAUAUUUUACUCUGUCUUAGAGUUUUAGAGUCGACUUACCAGACAUUUCACAGUGUAUUUUCACGUAAAGAAGUGGUUCCUGUCACGGUUAUAAUUUGUUCAUUUAUUAUAAAGCUAGUAAAAAGACGUUACCCACCCCCGCCAUGCGAGCUGCUGCGGUAUUUGCUAUUUAUUUGCUUAAAAGGGCGUGGGUGUUGCUACAGUAAUCUCUCUCGCUCACUCACUUCUUUUUUCUUAUUUUUAAGUUCAUUAUCACCACCGGAGGCGCGUUGUAGGGGUUAAUUUAGCACUGAGUAGGGGAUGGCCAGGGCGCACACAGUGAACUACUUGUGUCGAUCACUCCCACAGAGGCGAUGCCCUUUUGUGGAGAGGUCUCUUGUCACAGCGGACAGACGACAUUCACAGUCGGGACACAAGGACACAAAGAGAAGAACUGCAUUUUAAAAGGCUCCAUUCUUCCCCCGCUGCCGCUGGGUGUAGACUGUGGGUGUUUGAGAGGAUCUUUGUUGCCCGGAGAAAAGUGAAGAAGAAGAAUAAGCUCUGUGAACGUGUUGUGGGGGGGAUUUUACGCUGAAGGUUACUACAGUACAGUCGAUGCUGUCAUCCACUCCACCCCAGCCUGCUUUUCCCGGAGUUACCUUGUUUUGGAUGAGGAGAGGCACUCUUACGCAUAGCUUUACGCAUUGAUUGUGCAAAGAGGUGGCCGCACGAGGCUGCCAGGAUGAACUUAGUUUUCGGGGUUCCUGCGGGUUAGAGUUUUAACUCUUUUCACUUAGCUUCAAAAAGAGGUGUAUUUGUGGGUUAUCUGCUCAAAAGGAUGCCAACUGACAAAUACGCAAACAUGGAGGAAAAACUGUGGAUACUAGAGGACCUCAACAUGAUGUACAUCCGUCAGAUUGCACUAAGUUUGCAGGACAGUGACAUUCAGAAGAAGAUUGACCAUGAGAUACGGAUGCGCGAUGGCGCCUGCAAAUUGUUGGCUGCCUGCUCGCAAAGAGAUCAGGCUUUGGAGGCAGCAAAGAGCCUGCAGACAUGCAGCACUCGUAUCAUGGCCUACAUGUCAGAGCUUCAGAGAAUGAAAGAAGCUCAGGUCAUGCAGAACGUCCCACGCAGAUCGUCAGAUGCCGGGCCGAUGGAUGACCGACGGCCUUGUAAAGGAAAAGUGGCAAUCUCAGAUCUUCGGAUCCCUCUCAUGUGGAAAGAUACAGAGUACUUCAAGAACAAAGGAGAGCUUCAUAGGUGUGCAGUGUUCUGCCUGCUACAGCUGGGAGGAGAGAUCUUUGACACAGAAAUGGUGAUCGUGGACCGGACUCUCACCGACAUUUGCUUUGACAACACUAUUAUAUUUAAUGAAGCCAGCCCUGGUUUUGAGUUACGAGUUGAGCUGUAUAGCUGCUGCUCAGAGGAUGACUACUCUGCAGGAAGCACACCAAGGAAACUAGCCAGCAAACUGAGUUCUUCACUGGGGCGAUCAGCUGGGAGAAAGCUCCGAGCUGCCAUGGAACCCGGACCGUGCAGUCCUGUCAGCAAUGGAGGUGCAGCUCCUCUUCUGCUGCCAGUUCCUUCCGUACCGGGCCCCAAGUACCACCUCUUAGCUCAUACCACACUGUCGCUGUCACACGUCCAGGACAGCUUUCGCACGCAUGACCUCACCAUUUCAGGCAACGAAGAGUGUUCAUACUGGCUGCCGCUCUAUGGCAGUAUGUGCUGCCGCCUUGCAGCUCAGCCCCACUGUAUGACCCAACAGAUGAUGAGUGGAUGUUUGAAAGUUAAGCAGUGUGGAGGUGACCCUCAGAGUUGGACAAAAGUGUAUGCUGUUCUAAAAGGAACAAGCCUUUUCUGCUACCACCAGCAAGAAGAUGUGGAGGCUAAUAUUGAGCCAGCUUUCACUAUUGGCAUCAACAAGGAGACCAGAAUACGUGCGUCAGAGAAGGACCCUCACAGCAAAGUUCAGAAUAUCUGCAUCAGUAACCAGUAUGGGGGGGAGGAGGUCAUGCACACUUUGACCACAGACAGCCGGGAGGACACACACCGAUGGAUGGAAGCUUUUUGGCAGCACUUCUACGAUAUGAGCCAGUGGAAGCAAUGCUGUGAUGACGUGAUGAAAAUUGAGCUUCCGUCACCAAGGAAACCAGCUCCUGUCACACCAAAACAGGGAUCUCUUUACCAUGAAAUGGUUAUUGAGUCAUCAGAUGACCUCAGCAGCACUGUGUCAGACAUCUUGGCUCGGAGGAUGCAGGAGCUGGAACUCCGCAGCCAGCUGGGCACAUCUCCCACCUGGAUGUCUAUGUUUGAGGAGAACAAUACAAAAAGCACUGGCUUCCGUCAACAAUGUACUUCUCGCCUGUCUGGCCACAGCCCCUGCACUCCUCAUCGUUUUCCCCGGAGUCCCGCGAGUCCUCACCGCUGCCCGCAACUGGGUCUGUUGUCAUCAGAUGCAAGUUUGACAUCAGACAGCGACAGCCACUGUAGCACCAGCCCCUGCUCUCACCACCAUGGCUGGCCCGAGCCUUCCUCAAACUUCUGUUUUUUGUCAUCUUCCCCCUCCCGUCUGAGGCCACGUACUCUUUCAUUGGACGCUAAGCUCAGCACCCUUCGAGGCAGGGGAUACGGAGGAGGAGGGACCUUACUGUGCCCAUACCAGCCUCCUCCCUCAUCGCUGCUCACUCCUCUCCCCACGUCCUCUCGUUCACCUCGGUCACAGCACAGCACACAGACUACGCUCUCCUGCUCCAGCUCCACCUCAAGCAAUAGCUCCAGCAAUAGCGAGGGCAGCCACAGCCCAGAGUCAUCUGAGGGAGCUCCUUUUUCAAGGCCAUCCCCAGCUCGGCGCAGCCUAAGGAACCUUAGGGCCAGACUUGACCCACGUAACUGGCUCCAAAGUCAGGUGUGAACUUGUUUCCUGACAGACUUAAAGGCAGCAGUGCUCAUUAAACCCUGGUUUAACUGGCUUAACAUGUCAACUAAACUCAGGCAAACUGCUUGGCCAUGUGAGCAGGAUUCUGUUAGCAUACUUUGACAGAGAUAGGUCAUGACAGACCCUCCUGGGUCAAACUGGAAUGUCAUCUAACAAAAAAGACAGUUGACAAUCACUGCAGGGAACUUUGGGUUUCCACAGUUGUGAAAAUGGGGGGUACUCUCCUGGCUUUGAGAAAUGAUGGUCCUGCUCUUGGGAGAAAGUACUGCUAAGAAUUAAAGACUUGCUUGGAUAUGCACCACACUAUACUUAUUGUCUUUUUUUUAAUCUAACUGUAAAACUGGAAAUGGUUUGAUUUUGCCCUCUGCAUCAGAAAUCCUUGCCACUCAAGUGUUUUGAAGUCAUCUCUCUCUGUGAACCAGCUUUAUUUUGAUCGGUUGUUGAUGUCAAGGUUUGCGGUGUGUGCCAUUGAGACCAGUGAGCAUGAAGCAAAAUGAGCGUACAGUAUAGGGGAAAAGC